GCUUCUCCGCGCUGCCGCAGCUCCCGGCGCCACUCCGCGGACUCUCUUCUAUGAGUGCAAAGAUGGAGCCUACUUUCUACGAGGAUGCCCUGAACGCCAGCUUCGUGCCGCCGGAAAGCGGCGGGUAUGGAUAUAAUAACGCCAAAGUGCUAAAGCAGAACAUGACGCUGAACCUGUCCGACCCAUCCAGCAACCUGAAGCCGCACCUGAGGAACAAGAACGCCGACAUCCUCACCUCCCCCGACGUGGGACUCCUGAAACUGGCUUCGCCUGAACUGGAGCGGCUCAUCAUCCAGUCCAGCAACGGGUUAAUCACCACCACGCCGACCCCGACGCAGUUCCUUUGCCCCAAAAAUGUCACCGACGAGCAAGAGGGGUUCGCGGAAGGCUUUGUGAGAGCCUUGGCGGAACUGCACAACCAGAACACCAUGCCCAGCGUGACCUCCGCCGCACAACCUGUUAACAGUGGCAUGGCACCUGUGUCCUCUAUGGCCGGCAACAGCAGUUUCAACGCAAAUUUGCACAGCGAGCCGCCGGUGUAUGCUAAUCUCAGCAACUUCAACCCCAAUGCGCUCAACUCUGCACCCAACUACAACGCAAACAACAUGGGCUACGCAACCCAGCAUCACAUAAAUCCCCAGAUGCCAGUACAGCAUCCCAGGCUUCAGGCUCUGAAAGAAGAGCCUCAGACUGUACCUGAAAUGCCAGGGGAAACUCCUCCCCUGUCCCCUAUUGACAUGGAAUCACAGGAGAGAAUCAAAGCCGAAAGAAAACGCAUGAGAAACAGAAUCGCAGCAUCCAAAUGCCGGAAAAGGAAGUUGGAAAGGAUUGCCAGGUUGGAAGAAAAAGUGAAAACUUUGAAAGCUCAGAACUCAGAGCUGGCAUCCACUGCCAACAUGCUCAGAGAACAGGUUGCACAGCUUAAGCAGAAGGUCAUGAACCAUGUCAACAGCGGAUGCCAGCUAAUGCUAACACAACAGUUGCAAACGUUUUGAAGAGACUGUCUUAAAAGAACUGUGAUGAUGUGGUAUAACUAAAACAAAACCCCAGAAGUGGCAGAUGCAUAAAGCUAAUGGUAAAAGCUGAAAGGCUGAGUCCUGCCUGUGCUCUGCAAAGCGCAUGUGUGGAAAGACUGGCAAGCCUUCAGCUUGAGUCAGUGGAGCGGCCAGCACUGCUCUGAGAAGUGCUGUUCCUGCUCAGAUGAGAUGUCAGAUCUUUGUUUAACAUUGACCAAGACCUGCAUGGACCUAACAUUCGAUGAUCAUUCAGUAUUAAAGGUUAAACUGCAAUAGAAAUUGUAGGUUGCUUUAUGUAGUAUUACUUUAAAAAAAAAAAAAAAAAGGUGGGGGGGAAGUUUGUGGGAGGCUGAUAAACCAGAACUAUUCUGCCUGCCUUCAAGUAAAUUGUGUAUGUACAUAUCUUUUUUUUAUUUUAUUUUAUGAAAGUUGAUUAAUGUCAAUAAACUACUUCAUGACUUUGUAAGUUAUUUUUAUGUUGUUUAUUUGGGCACAGCCCAGCAUUGUUUGUAAAUAAGAGGUUGUUUUGUUU